UUCAAUUUCAAUUCAAAAUUUGGAAGACAUUCGUUUUCUAUAAAUUUGUUCAUAUUUGUUCAUAUUUUCAUAGGACUAGUUGUAUUUACGUUCUUACAUUCGUAACAAUUAUUGCUCGCGACUCACAUCAGCGAUAUCGCUUUAUGCGUUAGUGUGAUUCCACGCUAAAUACCCUCUCUUCCGGCUGACGUAUUGACCAAUCAGAGCGCGUGUUUACUUUAAGCUAUGCGAUUCUAUAGUAUAUCAUAUACAUUGGCAAUUUCACCUUUGAUCACGCAAGAAGUUGGCUCAGUUUCGGUAUAAUGCAUUAGGUGGAAACCCCUUUUAUUAUCUAGUUUCUCGGAAAAACCUUAAUAGUUUUCUGGCUUUCGAUUUAAUCAAUCGCUGUUGUCAAAAGACCUUAGUUCAGUAAUGAAUUUUCAGAGAAUUACACUUAGGCAAAACUAUGCCGCGUUUGGGCAAAUAAGCGAAGUAUAAGAAACCAGCCGGGUAAGCCGGUGGGGUGAGGGAGCAAAUAAUCGACUGAUCUUUCUUAGAAACUGCACUUCAAGCAUAGUAUGAAAAUAUGUGAUCAUGUGAAAACCGGUUAUUCCGGUUCUUGACUUGCACUUGGGGGUUAACCCCAAUAUAUUUUUAAUCAAGGUUCAUUUAUCUUCUUGUCUGUUGCGUUCAACUAGUACCUAUCUUGCUUGCGCGAUGUCAAAAAAGAUGAAUACGCUUUGGUUUUUCAUGCUGAGUAUACAUAUUGUAUUGAACAUUUGUCCUGAAGUGUGUGGAAGAACAGCGCAACUCCUUCUUAGUAUUAAUCCUGAAGGGAAAUCUUGCACGUUAAAUCGGAGUUUCAUGGGAGAAAUCGAGAAACUCCCAGCACCUAUUACUGUUAAAACUAUGAUCGGUGAUGCUGGGGUUGGUAAAUCGCUGACAUGGAACACAUUAAACUACAUCUGGACUGGAAAGAAUCGAUCUUCCGUCGAGCAAGUUUUUCAAACCGGCGACAGUCUCGCGCGUGUUACGCGAGGAGUGUGGGCGUAUGUCACACAACGCGAGAACGGAACUGAUAUUUUACUGGAAGUAGAAACGGGCGAUCUGUUCGACAAAAUACUUGUGGCACAUAUUUACAUGUUUGCAGCAACGAUUUCAUCCGGCCUGAUAGUUUUGACCCGCGAUUACGUUAAAGACAGCGAUCUGCAGCCUUUGAAUCACAUGGCGCGUGUUAAUGAGUAUGCUUUUCCCAGUACUAACUGUAACAAUUUUCCAGCGGUUAGUUUUGUGGUGAGAGGUGACUUCGGAAGGAAAAGAGCGGGUGGAAGUGGAGACUCUACGAGAAGUUCAGUGUUGGAGAGGUUUACUUCAAAGUGCUUCCCAAGAAGCAAAGUUACCGUCAGCCAGAUUUCACACGUCAUCGAUCGUGAAGUUUUCACGGACUUUGGAAAAUUGUCUCAAAGUAACUUUAUGAUUUCAAUGGAAAAUCUCGCCGCAAAAGUGGAGAAUUUUCCCAUUAAGAGAAACCUCGAAGGAAUCCCUAUGGAGGGUGACGAAAUUACAAAACUCAUUGAGCGAUUAGCAGAGACCAUAGACGCAGAUAGCUGGCUUGAUCUUGCAGAUGUUUAUAAGAAUAUCGAAAUCCGAAAGAGAAUUACAGAAAAAGAUCGAGAGAUAGAAGUGGAAAGAGAGAAAAGGCAAAUAGCUGACCAAGAGAAACAGGUUCUUCGCACAAAGGUCGCCGUCUACGAGCAGUUGUUGAAGGAUGAAAUUAAGCGAGGAGUAUGGCUGCGCGCUUUAAGAGAAGUCAUAACCGGUGACAAUCCAGGUGGUGCAGAGUUGCUUUACAGCCAAAAAGUUCUCGAUGAACUAAAGAAUUUUAGGGAAGAGCUAAAACAAAAUGUAAAACCUGCAGAAGAAACAAUUUCCAUUCAAAAACUAUCAGAAACUUUUAUAAAAAUUUUAAGUCUGUGCAGUACUGUUUUGACAUUAGCGCUUCAAAUUAGGGGGAUUUAUCGCCAACCAGUCCCAAAUCAGUGACAUACGAAACGAAGUCUUUUUUUGUUUUCUAAAAAAUGACUCCAUUUUUUCAUUAGAACUCUUCAAAAAUUAGAUUACAAAUUCUUAAGCGUCUGUACAGUUAAAGAUCACAGAUGGCGUCGAAAUGUGGUAAGAACGAAAAAAUGGCUCACGAGUGUGUCAAUCUGAUUACAAAAUUUCCUUAUUUACCAAAUCUCGACCAAAGUUCAAGCACGCUUGUUUGAAUUAGCAUGUCGUGGCAAACGAGUGGACCAUUUGAGGUUAAAUUCUGGUUUAUUGCUUUGUAUAAAGCAAUUUUAAAUAAAUGUUUUUAUAUA